GCAUGCUAGCUGACUCCAGGUAUGAUCGUUUUCGCAACGACUCUGUAACUUCAGCAGAGGGGCAGCAACAGCCUGACGCUGAAGACAUGAGUGGACAGAUGGCCCCUGCUUCCCCCACCGCAACAACUUCCCUAGGACAGCCGUUCUCUGAGCCACAGUGCCCGGAGGAGCAAGAUGUGGCUACUACUUUCUGUAUGAUGAUACCAAAGAUGGGGCAAUGGAAAUUUGCAAGUCCCUCUGCUUUCUUGAGUCGCUCCCCUUCCGGAGCCAGCAAGGAAUUGACACUUGACAAAUCGGGGAAUGGUGGGGCACUAGGGUCAGUGUUUGGAGCCUGUGAUCCUGUAUGCUCCACACCUUGUACUCUGCAGGUGAUAAACCGGUUGCGAGGGGGAGCAAGAGGGGGUGGGAGAAAGGUGUCAAGGACAGAGACAUACAAACUUCCAGGGGAGGAAUGGAACCGUAAAGGGACUUUCAUCAGUAAACCAGCUCAAGGCUGGCUGCACCCUGAUGACCGAUUGCAAGGUCCUGGGGUCUCGUAUAUUGUGAGGUACAUGGGCUGUAUUGAAGUUCUACGCUCCAUGAGGUCACUGGACUUCAACACACGAACACAAGUAACAAGAGAGGCCAUCAACAGGCUCUAUGAAGCUGUCCCCGGAGUAAGAGGAACAUGGAAAAAAAAGGCCCCCAAUAAGUCCCUGGCAUCCGUUUUAGGCAGAAGUAAUCUUCGAUUUGCUGGAAUAAGCAUUGCUGUGAAUAUAUCUGUUGAAGGCCUGAACCUCAGCAUACCAACCACCCGGCAGGUUAUCGCCAAUCAUCACAUGCAAGCUAUCUCAUUUGCCUCUGGGGGUGAUGCGGAUGCAACAGAUUAUGUGGCGUAUGUGGCAAAGGACCCAAUAAAUCAGAGAGCCUGUCAUAUUCUGGAGUGCUGUGAUGGGUUGGCCCAAAGUGUGAUCAGCACAGUAGGACAAGCCUUUGAGUUGAGAUUCAAACAGUUCCUGCACAGUCCCCCCAAAGUGGCAGCACCCCCAGAAAGGUUGGUUGUCGGAGGAGAGGAACUAGCGUGGGGGGUAGAGGAAGAUCAGGGUUCAGAACACAACUAUUACAAUAGCAUCCCAGGGAAAGAACCCCCAGUGGGUGGAUUGCAAGACUGCCGGAUGAGGGAAGCAGGAGCCACCAGCCUUCCUCAGACACAGAUAAUAGCCAAUGGGCAGUGGCCUCAGGUGGGUUCUCCAGCUAGAAGACCUCCAGUGUCACAUUCAUCUUCACAAUGGGAGCUAGAGGACCAUGGCCAGGCCGGUGAAAUAUUCCCAUUAACCAACGGCAGACUACUUGGGGUACGAGAUUAUGAGGAACACAUGUACGUGAACACACAGAAUUUGGAUGGCUGGAGCUCAGACAAGGAACCUUACAUGAUCCCAGAAGACAGUCCAAAGAAGGAUCUCUUCGACAUGAGACCAUUUGAAGAUGCCCUAAAGCUCCAUGAGUCUGGGAUCUCUGGGUCCCCAAGAAUGGAAGAUCAGUGGCCCAGUCCUCCAACGAGGAAGGCUCCUGUGGCUCCUACAGAGGAUCAACUAAAGGGGGAGCCAUGGUACCAGGGGAAGAUGAGCAGAAGGGAGGCAGAAAGGUUGCUGCAGAGGGAUGGGGAUUUCCUGGUGAGGGACAGCAUCACUAAUCCUGGACAGUAUGUUCUGACCGGCAUGCAUAAGGGGCAGCCCAAGCAUCUGUUGCUGGUGGACCCAGAGGGCGUGGUGAGGACAAAGGAUGUAUUAUUUGAAAGUAUCAGCCACUUGAUCUCCUACCAUUUACACAACCAACAGCCAAUUGUAGCUGCUGAAAGUGAACUACACCUGAAGCAGGCGGUAGCACGGAAAAUUACAUCUUAGGGGGUCACUUAUUGGAAACCGAUACCUAGAGAGGUCACUUAACAAGGGCUGUGAUGAAGAGAAUAGAUUCCAGCUGAACCUGAUAUUUCCACCCUAACCUGGCUCAAGGCUUCUCUUCCACUGUCCAUGUUUGUCUCAGACUGUAUCCAGCCCCUCUUUUUUCAGUCCUGUACUAGUUCACCACCAGAGGGUACUGCAGAGCACAUUGAGGAGGCCUGCAAAAUUACAGCAACCUACUACCAUGCUGACUUAACCCUUCACUUGCUUCCUUAAAAGCCAUUAGAGCUUUCUCUGACAAGUAGACC